UUUAGGUUGUUUCUCUGCCUGUAGCCUGAUUUUAUUCCGUCCUCUCUGGUGCCGGUUUUCCUAUUGCAGAAAGCAGUUUGUGCCUUGAAACUACAUCAGCGAAAAGCGGCAGGUCGGAUGUCAUCUUUCCUGGACAAGUGGCUGUGGCAUCAUGAAUAUUGGCUUCCUCCAGGGAUCACGUGGGAGGAUAUGGAAGAUUCCAAUCAUGUCCGAUAUCCGCGGCCUCGUGAUCUUUUCAUCGCCAUCCCCUAUGCGUUUGUGUUUAUCGCUGCCCGCUAUCUGUUUGAGAGAUUGAUUGCCUUACCUCUGAGCAAGCAGAUGGGUGUGAAGGAGAAAUCUAGAAGGAAAGCCCCUCCGAAACUGAACUUGGAGCAAGCGUAUACAUCACACGGCACAUGUCCUAAAGAGAAUGAACUCCUUGCCCUUUCCAAGCAGUGUGACCUCUCAGUCCAGGAGGUGAAGGUAUGGUUUCGGCGCCGAAGAAAUCAGGACCGACCCAGUAUCUCCCAGAAAUUCUGUGAAGCCAGUUGGAGGUUUGCGUUUUACCUGCUUGCUUUUAUUGCUGGUCUCUAUGUGCUCCUUGAUAAACCGUGGUUUUGGGAUCAAAAGGAAUGCUGGAAAGGAUACCCUCAGCAAGUGUUGCUGCCCUCCCAAUACUGGUACUACAUGUUAGAACUGGCUUUCUACUGGUCCCUUGUCUUCAGAAUCUCGUGGGAUGUGAAGAGGAAAGACUUCAAGGAGCAGAUUGUUCAUCACAUUGCGACAAUCUUUCUGAUUGGCUUCUCCUAUUGUGCAAACUAUAUUCGGGUGGGAACCCUAGUGAUGCUUGUCCAUGAUGCAUCAGACUACAUUAUGGAGUGUGCAAAAAUGUUGAACUAUGCAGGAUGGCGCAGGAGUUGUGAUGUGCUGUUUGCGGUCUUUGCUGUGGUCUUCCUAAUUACACGACUUUUCAUCUUUCCAAAUGUGGUAAUUUACACCACCUUCUACCACUCCAUGGAGAUUUUCCAGCCCUUCUUUGGUUACUAUUUUUUCAAUAUUCUCCUGAUGGUCCUGCAGCUGUUGCAUAUAUUUUGGGCCUAUCUCAUUCUGCGAAUGGUAGCCAAGUUCAUAUUUCUUGGUAAGAUCGAUAAGGAUGAAAGGAGUGAUGAUGAAAGUGAUGGGACAGAGGAAGAGGAGGAGGAAGAUGAGAGAAUGAAAACAAAGUCUGCAUCAUCCAAUCACAACGGUGUGCUAAAUAAAAUGACAAAUGGGAUUAAAAGUAAAUCAACUGAAAGGAACAAGUUGCCCAAAGCCAGGUAGCAGGUAGCGACAUCACUGAGGAUGGAUUGGGAGCUGUUACUUAAUGACAAAUUCACUUUGCUCUUUGCUGACAAACACUAACAUCUGCCUGUUUUGAGAUCCAUCCGAUGUGUUGUGAAAAGUGUCUGAACUACAGAAUUGACAAGCCAACAACAACAGGCUGUCUCCUUUGUGAGCUCUGUCAAAGCUUUCUUCAUUUGUCUUCUGUUCCUUUUAUCGAAACACAUCUAACACCACAUUCUCAAUUCACUUGUGAGACCUUUGUAUGGAUGGAGAAUUCGGGACCUGAUCCAAGUAACCUUUUUUUGAUAUUGAAAUAUUGAGUUGAGUUGUUUGGACAUUUUUAUAAAAGUGACCAGUACACUCUCUUUAAAUUUAUUUUCUCUUGACCCCUGCACCCCUAGCCCAUUGUCAUUCGUUCCCUUGGACCUAAUUGCGUAGUUCUCAUAGUGGACACUAGGUGGUGCACACUUGUAGUCUUGGUGGAUUCUUCAGAAAAGUUUGAACAGCCGAGGGAGGGAACUCCAUGGGAAACUAACAUGAUAUUCCAGACCCCAACCUAAACCACUUUUGUCUCAGUAGGCCAAAUAAUUGCAAUGUUUGUUACAAUUUGUUUUUAUUCAGGAGCCAGAACUGUUGAAUUUAUCUGGUGUUUGGAUAGUUAAUAUUUAAUAUCACAAAUUUUGGAAGUAUCAUUGGGCUGGAAGAAGGCAAAUUUAAGGUUGAAUCAGUUGUGGUUUUAAGGGUUGUUUUUGUUUCAAUUAGUUUUGAGAUGCGGUUUAGAAAUGAUCAAAGUGCUGCCAUGUAAUUUGAGAUACGUUUUGCACUAGAGUUAGCAUGUAUUCACAAACGUUGAA